AUUGACUGCUCUUCUUCUCCUGAUUUUCUUCUCCUGUUCUUAAUUCAUAUACACACAAAUUCAAAGGUUUAUUGCACUGCCUUACCGUAUGAUCAAGCUUCUCGGUGACGUAUCAACGCAACUCUUAAAAUGAGAGUCAUCGUCAGGGAAAAUGCUCUGGCAGUAUCAGAGUAUAUUGCAGACUAUAUUAUCACACGCAUCAAAACAUUCCAGCCAACCCCGGACCGGCCCUUCGUACUCGGACUGCCUACCGGCAGCAGCCCGGAGAUCAUAUACAAUGUUUUGGUGCGCCACUACAGAGCUGGCGACAUCUCGUUUAAAAAUGUCGUGACGUUCAACAUGGAUGAAUACGUUGGCCUCUCCCGUGAACAUCCCGAAUCCUAUCAUAGCUUCAUGUACAAGCACUUCUUCUCACAUGUCGACAUUCCGCCACAGAACAUCAACAUCCUGGACGGAAAUUCCCCGGACCUAGCCACAGAAUGUGCCUCAUUUGAAGACCGCAUCGUCAGCUACGGUGGUAUUGAACUUUUCCUCGGAGGGGUCGGCUCUGACGGUCACAUUGCAUUUAAUGAGCCUGGUUCCUCGAUGAGCAGCCGCACACGUGUCAAGACCUUGACAUACGACACUAUAUUGGCCAACUCGCGCUUCUUCAAUAAUGACCUAUCCAAGGUGCCGCGCAUGGCCCUGACAGUGGGUAUUCAGACUAUCAUGGACGCGCGCGAAGUUGUCAUUGUGGCAACAGGUCCACACAAGGCAGUUGCUCUGGAGAAAGGCCUCGAAGGCCCCGUCAACCACAUGUGGACACUGUCUGCAUUGCAGCUCCAUCGGCACCCGCUCAUCGUAUGUGACCGGGAUGCAACCCUCGAACUCAAAGUCAAGACAGUCCGGUACUUCGAAGGGAUCGAGCAGGCCGGCACAGAUGCCCGUACUCAGGGCCCGUGGUUGGCUUACAGGCCUAAGACACCAAUGACCUACGUUCCUCAACAGCAGCCAACCCCGAAGGCAACGCCUGCGAAGAUACCUCAAACCUUACGCAUCAAUACGGAGCUUCAGCGGUCCUUUGAUGAUGACGAGCUGACCCCAGACAGCAUGUCUUCCCGGAUGGUCGACUCGGCAGUUAGUGGACUGGACUCGAUGCUCAAGGAUGAGCUGAUCUUUGAUCGAAUGGGAUCCCGCGUAACUGCCAACUAAUUGCAAUUUUUGCAUGAUUUAACGACUUGUAAUCCAGUAGAAAAUUAGGAUUGCUUUUGCUUUCUGUUGGCUCCUUUUUUGGCUCUUGUCAUACAAUUCCAUUAUAUAUGCUGUGACUAUGAUACUGUUAUAUACUUAUGAUUUUUCAAGAGCGACGU